CUCCGGCGUCCCGCGCAUUUUGCAAGCAAUACUUUUUGUGUUCGGUUCGGCUUUGAAUAAAAAAAGAAAAUAAAAUAAAAUCAGCAUGUGGUCGAAAGUAGCUAUCGGUGGUGCUCUGGCUUUGAUGGGUGGAGUUCUGUUCUCCAGCGUGGUGGACAACUUUGCUUACGUGGACCGAUCUCUGGAAACGGCCAUGCCCCGCUCCAAGCGUUAUGAGGCGAACGAAUGAGCUCUCCAGGAUGCCCCCGGGUUGCAGCUGAUUGACUGGCUAGUUCCUGGAUCCUGGAAUUAAUGCCCUGUUGUGUUCAGCGGAUAUUUAUUGGCCAAACACUGAAGCAACUACUCCAGCUUAAUCAACACAAAAAAUACAAAAAAAAUAAGCCGGAAAUAGUACUCCUUGGCCUUCAAAUUACUCAAAGCCCCCUAAACCCCCAUCCACAAGAACAAGCUUUAAUUUAUAUAACUAUGUGUGUGUGUUUUUUUUUUAUUUUAAUAAGUUCAUAAUUAUAUAAGCAAUAAAAUAUAUAAACCUCGAUGACCUCAACUCUGACGGGUCACUCAAGGGUUAUUCUGACGGUUA